AUGCACACAUUCUCCAAUCAUCCGAUCGGGUUGCUCCCGAUGGAGCAGAACUAUGACCCGACCAAACCUACCAUAGCGGAGUUCUUUGCUGGCCGAGACAUAUUCGUCACCGGCGGUACGGGCUUUAUGGGCAAGGUUUUAAUAGAAAAACUGUUACGGUCCUGCUCCGAGCUGAACAACAUCUACAUACUGAUACGCGAGAAGAAACAGAAAUCUAUCCAGGAGCGCAUCCAGGAGAUGCAACAGUUACCGUUGUUCGACAAACUUCGCGAGGAACGUCCAGAACUGUUAAACAAGAUGGUUCCGGUGCAGGGGGACGUAUCGCUGUUAGGGCUCGGCCUUUCCCAGGAGGAUAUCGAGAAGAUGCGCAACGUGUCGGUCAUCUUUCACGUGGCCGCUAGCGUGCGUUUUGAUGAUCCGCUCAAGACGGCAAUACUGCUGAACACGCGCGGAACACGUGAGCUGGUCCAGUUCGCCGAACAGCUGCCGUCGCUUCGUGUGCUCAUGCACGUUUCUUCCACCUACUCGAAUCCGGAUCGAUACGUGAUUGAGGAAGAGGUCUAUCCAGCUUACGCCGACUGGCGCGAUACGAUACGCAUUGCGGAAACGUUUGACGAGCAGACGCUCGAUGUGCUCGCACCGAAGUAUAUGGGGUUCCUGCCCAACACGUACGUGUUCACCAAAAGUCUCGCGGAACAGAUCGUUAACGAGCAUAAGGACCGUCUGCCGAUGAUACUGUUCCGGCCAUCGAUUGUCAUCUCAUCGAUGAAGGACCCGAUACCGGGCUGGAUGGAUAACUUCAAUGGGCCGGUUGGGCUGCUGGUUGGAUGCGGCAUUGGCAUCUGUCGUACGAUGUACUGCGAUCCCAACAACAUAGCCGACUUCACGCCGGUCGAUGUGUGCAUCAAGGCAAUGAUUGUUGCCGCGUGGAAGCGUGGCACCGAACCGGUGCACAGUACCCCCAGUCAGGACCUGCCGAUAUACAACUGCUGCAUUUCCAACUUGAGAAACUCCACCAUGUCCCAGAUCGUGGAGAUGGGUCGAACCUUAUCCGAUGAGAUACCACUGGACAAGUGUAUCUGGGCCCCCGGGGGCGGUAUAACACAGAUACGUAUUCACAACUUGAUACGUGUACUUCUGUACCAUAUAUUGCCCGCUAUUUUAAUCGAUGGAAUAUUUCGGCUGAUGGGCCAAAAGCCAUUUUUGGCAAAACUACAACGGAAAAUCUACACCGCAAACGUAGCGCUCGAGUACUUCAUUCUGAAUAAUUGGGACUUUAAGAAUGGCAACUUUAUAAAGCUGGCGUCGGAAAUAAAACCGGAGGACAACAAAGAUUUUUACUAUCGCGACUUUAUCGAAUUCGAUGUAACGCUGUACUUCCGUAACUGCAUUCUCGGUGCGCGCCGAUACCUGCUAAAGGAGAAGGACGAAAAUAUCCCACGGGCGCUUACGCACCUGAAGCGGAUGAAGUUGUUGGAUAAAAUUUGCAAAACUAUCAUUGUGGCAGUCUUCCUGUACAUUAUUCUCAUCCAGUUCGAUAUGCUGGGCAUUAUACUGUACAUCAUUUCGUACAAACCAUCGUACGCCUUAGAUGUUGACUGUAAAUGA